UCGUUUACCAACGCGAAAGCGAAGCGUCCAUCAUCACGUCACGAUCUACUUUUCCAGGCGAAUAUUACGAACAUUCCAAUGUUAUUUCUUUAUAAAAAUAGUUUUAACACGUGAUUGAAACAUUUACUACCGAAAUGGCAAAAAGAAAGCCGUCAAUUGUGAUAGAGGAUGUGCUACCGGACGACGACCGGCUCGGACAACGCGGAAAGCUAUGGAAGAGUUUUAUGGAAACGAUUACGGUUACAUCGGUUGUGAUCGAACAGCAGUUGAGGUGCUGGUAUCUGUUGAUAGUGCAUAGCAUACAGGCGCUUCAACGGUGGCUUGUGCUACGAGGACGCAAACGUAAGCUAGAAUUGCCUCGGUUGCCGCCGUUGGACGUGGCGAAGGAUCUGACCUCCGGUGAACCGCUCCCGAAAUACGCCAAAAAGAAGGAGGAUAAAGAAAUGGUAUUCGAUAGCGUAUGUAACAUGUUGGACUAUGAGCCAAGCGAUCAUAGCGAUGCCAGCGAUGUCGAAACGGAUGCCCAGUGCGAGGAAGAUGAUUUUCCGCUGGAAAAUCGCGAGGAACUGGACAAACAAUUGGAGCGAGUGGUUGCAGUGAGGAAACGCAAUUGGGCUCAGAACGGAUUGCUCAAACUUAUGGAAUCCAUCGAAGAUCCCGGCCACAACAUGCUGAGCCAUGAAAAAGUCGAAAAGUGGUUGUUCGGCCAGAGGGGUCCCUUCGACGUGACUCAGGCAAACGAGACGGUAAUGACCGAACGAAACGCCGAUGGCGAUCGAAUGAAGUACCAUCGGAAGCAACAGGUCACGGUUUCCAGGAGUGUGGACGAUGCGGAUUCGUUGUAUUCCGUUGACACGGCAAAGUACAUUCUGCAGAACAAAAGAGAUCGAAGCACGACCAGUAAGAUUAAGGUCACGACCAUGAUCAAAAAGUAUACCAUUUCAACGAAUAAUUCGAAUGCACUGGCAAUUCGGCCGAAUUUACACUCGAUCAGCGGGUUUCCUAUUAUCAGCGAAGAGCCUAGCAGCAGUCUGUUGCAUAAAACGUCGAAAUCGGAUUCUGCCUUCGAAACGGGCGAAGAUCAGACCCAAAACCGAUCGAACGAACGCAGCACAAUUUCGCAACCGUCGCAAAUAGUAAAACCUCCAGUUAUAGCAGCAACACAACCGGAGAAACCCAACAAACGAAAAAAGGUGUUCAAAAAGACGGUAAAAAAGUCCUCAUUAAAGAGCCCAUCCAGCAGAAAAAGCACAGCCGCCGGUUCGCAAAAAUACGAGGAGGCACUCAAAUCCUGCGUGCAUGUUAAGAAGCUUCCCAAUCAGAAGGCACGUCGAAUUCAUUGGCAGGAAACGUCUCACGUGGCGCAGAGCAGCAGCAGCGAUGAAUCGGAUGAAGUUUUCACUAGGACCACCAGAUCUAAAACCAAUUCGUCGAAGCGGGGUCUUCAAACAAGGAGCCGAGCUAGUAAGACACCGGAAACGACACCCCCAAGGUCGCCCCGGAAGAAAGCACUACUCCCCUCGCCGAAAACGGUUGGUUCUCCGAGAAAAACCGUAGACCGGGAUCUGGUUCUACCAUUCGAGGCCAUCUGUCUGAGCCCUACCAAAAAGUUCACGAAACAUCAAACAGCAGCGUCUCAGCAGAUGAACAAAACCGUUGACCAAACGACGAACCUGACGGCGCUUUUCAGCGGUGCGAAUGAGAAGAUUACCAACUCCACUGAGAUUAUCAACACAACGGCAAACAGUAGCCGAUCCGUGAGAAGUGGUUAUUCCGGGAAUCGCACUCUCAGCGGUAUGCCAGAUGCGUCUCGUAGUAUAGUGGUGUACGAACCGAAGAAAAUUCAACCGAAUAUCGGGGCCAACGAUGCGGUACGGAUCACCUAUUCGGAUUUGACCCUGGAUCAGGUGACCAAAGCGCGGCAUUUGGAGAAGUUUAAAAAGUUCAACUACCUCAUCCAUCCUAACUCGACGGUCAGGUUUUUCCCGUCCGAUUCCGAGGAGGAUGGGCCAGCACCCACAAUUGCAACCACGACCACCACUUUCCCGUCGGACGACGACGACGGCGACGAGAGCUUCGAUGAGGACGAUCCCAUUCUGACGUUCAAUCCGAGGGAAGCCAGUCGACUGAAUGUGCUGGAAUACCCGUACAAUAGGACGCAUUUUUAGCGCUAGGAGUUUUUGAGAUGUGUUUUUUUUUUCGUUUAAUAUUAAGUCAAACCGUGCCGAUCGAUGGUUGAUAGUUUUUACGUGAAUGAGAUUGUACGAUACGAGAAAGGUAAAUAAUCAUCUUAUUGAUAUGACGCGAAAAUGAACUUGCUUUCUACAUAAACAAUCGAACAUCCAUGAAUUAGGGUAGGACGGGGCAAGAUGGCCAUCCGGGGCAAGAUGAGCACCCCUCCGUUUUACUACUUUUAUGAUGAAUUUUGCCCAAACAACUUCAUAAUCCUUUAGAAUAAUGUUCAUCCUGUUUGUAAACCUGAUAAAAGGUACUUCAUAAUGAACAAAUUAAAAAAUAUUGUCAAAUUAGUCAA